AUGACCAACUGGGUGGUGCCUUUGGCGCCACUGAGAAGCGGUCGAUUCUCAUACGGCAGCGACGGCCUUAUGUCGAAAGGCCGCCGGCGUGUCGACGCACCCAAGCUACGAGAACUUCUUUUUCCUAACGAGGUCAAGAUUAAAGGAGGUAAACUAGCCCAAAAGUACGCAGAACAAGAAGCGAACGAACAAGCGAAGAGAAUCGUUAAGAAGAAAUGGAUAAUCGCGCAACUGACCCAUUACGGUGUUGCCUCCCUUCCCAGAGCCAGAGCCCGGAGUGACGAGAACAAGGAGCUCCUAUGCCGCAGUGUGAAGGAAGGAAAGGUCAUGCGAUACCGUCCCCAACAUAUCCGCGACAUUGAGGCUGCACUUACACUUCAAUACGAAGAGAAAAACACUCCCCAUAUGGUCCUCGAAGAACAGCGUGUAUCUAAGCUUAUCGAGGAGCAGAAGGGAUUGAAAACAGAAGGAUUCGAAAAGCUCUCGACACCUGGCUUGGAGGCUGCUUACGUUAUGGCAAUGUUCAUGCGCAAGUACUUCCUCAAUGACGGCGGAACACCAGAUCAGUCCAAGGCUCCUGGACCCUUAGUACUCACAGGGUUUGGCGAUAGAUCCGGCAUGCACAACAGGGCUCAACAAGUGCCUGGAUUGGAGACAUAUAGUGGCGGAGAAGGAAAUGCACGUACGAUAGUCGUUGGAUGGGAUAGGAGCGCUGUCUGGGGAGCAGCAGGCAAUAUCGACAGUGCACAGCGGGCUGAGCAUGAGAAGGAAAAGGAAUUCGAGUGGGCCGAAGUGAUGAAGAAGCACGGUUCCUUCAUCAAGAGUCUCCCGAAAUCUGCCAGCAGGCAAGCCUUCUCAAUUGAGCAAGCAAGAGGCUCUUAUGCCAUUCAAUGUGACAAGAUCACGUCGGAGUGGCCCCAAGGUUCCCCCUUGAAACUGAGAAUCGUACUAGGGCUACAGGGCGUGGUUGGCAUGUUCCACUUCGGGGUCAUUGAAGGCAUCAUGUGGUUCGAAGUGAACGAAGAGGGGCUGUUAGGGAUGGAACAUGAUGAGGAUGAGUCUCAAGACGAGGACAACUUUGAGGAUGAAGAUGAAGACGAAGACGAAGACAAGUUAGUUACCAACCCUCUUCCACCUAGUAACAAACGCAAGGCCAGUUCGACGGCGGCUCGCCCCACCGUGAAACGAGGCAAGUCCACCUCGACUCGGCAGAGUCGUCGCCUCUUCCUUAAGUGGCGCGGCCGCGAGACAGGCGAAGGCGAAAUUCAACUCGACCACGGCAACAGCAACAUGGCCAUAUCGACUUCCUUCAUGCUACGUGCACUAGGUUCGACGGAUAUCUUUCUGCAAACCUCCUAGGCAAAAAUGUGCCAUUUCAAGGCUACCAAACUGGCUCUGGAUUUGGGCCGAUAACCAAACAGUGGAGUGAUUACUCUGAGAGGGCAUAUGAGCAUGUGAGGGUGACUCGUUGGCCUUGAGGCACCCCCAAACGGGCUUUUGUGACGUUGAGUUGAUUUUGGCCUGAGCAUUAGUUGAAUUUAUAUCAAUUUGGAUAGUCUUGCUUCUAGUGCUGAAUAGUAUGCUGAUUGCCUGAUCCUAUAGCAUGUGUAGAUGAAUUGAGAUCUUUGUAAAUACUGC